CCCCGCAAAGCCAUAUGGCUGUGGCUGGCGGCCCUUGUGGGCCUGUACUACCUGGUGCGCUGGUACCGGGAGAGGCAGGUGGUGAGCCAGCUCCUGGACAAGUUCGUCUUCAUCACGGGCUGUGACUCGGGCUUCGGGAACCUGCUGGCCAGACAGCUGGACAGGAGGGGCUUGAGGGUGCUGGCUGCGUGUCUGACAGAGGAGGGGGCCGAGCAGCUGAGGCGCCAGACAUCGGACAGGGUGGAGACGGUGAGCCUGGAUGUCACCAAGACCGAGAGCAUCGCGGCCGCCGCCCAGUGGGUGCAGGAGCGCGUGGGAGACCGAGGGCUCUGGGGCCUGGUGAAUAACGCUGGUGUCUCCAUGCCCACGGCCCCCAACGAGUGGCUGACCAAACAGGACUUUGUGGACGUGCUCAACGUGAACCUGCUGGGGACGAUCGAGGUGACCCUGAGCCUGCUGCCCGCAGUGAGGAGGGCCAGGGGCCGCGUGGUCAACGUCUCCAGUUUCAUGGGCCGCCUGUCACUGAGUGGUGGCGGCUACAGCAUCUCCAAGCACGGUGUAGAGGCCUUCUCAGACUCCCUCAGGAGGGAGCUGUCCCCCUUCGGGGUGAAGGUGGCCAUCAUUGAGCCCGGUUUCUUCAAGACCAACAUGGCAGACCCGAAGAGCUUCAUGCAGUCCUUACGGGCGGCCUGGGAGCGUGCCAGCCCGGAGGUCAGGGCCAUCUAUGGCGAGGAGUUUCUGGCAUCCUAUGCCAAAAUGUCUGAAAACAGCCUGAAAGCAUGCAAGUUGGAUCUGUCCAUGGUGACGGACUGCAUGGAGCACGCGCUGACCGCCUGCCACCCCCGCACCCGGUACUCGCCCGGCUGGGACGCCAAGCUCUUCUUCCUCCCCAUGAGCUACAUGCCCACCUUCCUGGUGGACGCCAUCAUCCACUGGUUUUCCCCGAGGCCAGCCCAGGCCCUGUGAAGCUAUGGGGGGGAGUGCAUGGCUGGGUUUCCAUGGGGUGCUGCGGGAGGGGCAGUGUGUCCAGGGGUAGGGACUGGCACAGGGGGAGGACACUCUCAAGUCUCCAGGGUCCUUUAGCUCACCCCCUCCUCACCCCUGCCCUGCGUUUUUCCUGGGACAGUCAUUGUUGGAACCCUGGGCACAUUAGGAGGAAUGAACCACUUUUUAGAGUUGAAGAACAGAGACCCAUUGCAUGCAUUGGCGUCCUGUGGCCUUGGGGAGCCACAUGAGGAUUGAGUCUUCUGGCUUCGGGAGGGGUGGGUGUCGGGGGGCCUCACUUGCUCUGCCCCUCUACCUGCUGAGCUCUUGAGUGACAUCAGCUGACUUCUCCCAGCCAUGGCUGCUUGUCACUCACCCAGGACGCCAGCCUAGGGGGCGGGUACAGACAGGGGAGCUUCGCCUUCCUCUCUCCGCAGUUCCACCAUGCAUGGGCUGGAAUCGGGGUUGAACCUCCUCGACUCCCUGGCAUAGAACGGCCAGGCCCUGCGAAGCAUCCCGAAGGUGCCGCUGGCCUCCUCUCAUCCUGGCUCUGGUCAGAUGUGGUGAAGCGGCACAUGGACGGGCGUCAUUUGUCCUUCCGCUUAGGCCACUGGCUGGCCCCAUUUCUGCGUCAGGCCCUCUGAUCACAGGUGUGUGGUGUGAGCCAGGGACCCGCAGCUUGACUCAGGGCCUCUUUCUAGGCCCCAGCCUGGUCCUGGGCCUGCACCUUAUGCAAUGCUGGGUGUGCCCCUCUGCCGCCCACAGCUCGCCCCCUCCGGCAUUUCCUUAGCUUUACCAGCUCGCCUCCUGCCUUGCCCAGUGUCUGCAGUUUCUCUCCUUCCCCUCUAAGUUCUGACUCUGAGAAUUUUCCGGCAGGUCUCUGCCCUGCCCCUCCUCUGCUCCUUCUACAUCUUGUGUCCUCCCAGAGCCCAGGAUUCUUCCCUCGGCUACCCGCCAGCCUGCCCACGUAUCCUUGUCAUGCGGCCAUCACUCAGAGCCCUCUGUUCUUCUGCCUUCCCUCUCUGUGCCCAGCGUCUGGUCUCUGAGCUCUUUAGCCACCUGUCGUUCCACCUGUCAUUGGCCCCAUACCUUUGAUUCCGCUCCUGCUUUCCCUUUGCACAUCCCAUUGAACACCAAGUCAGCCGAUCUCCACACCCCCUCCUCCCAGCCCCCCUUCCAGCUCCUUAGCUUACCUAGAAUGUGCCUGGUGCUGGGGAGGGGCCCUGGGGGUCCAGUCCUGGGGGAGCUGGGGUGCCCUCAGUCCUUGGCUCCCCCUGCUGGUUUGGUCACCAGGGACUGGCAGUCACCUGGACCUGAGCAUCACCCUCCCAGGAGCCAGGCCAACGUCCCUCGGGUCUAUCUUCUGGAGUUGGGGCCCACAGCCCCAGCCACUUCUGUGGGAAGGCCCUGCUGCCUUGGCCUUGGGCUGAUGGAGGCGCACCCAGCCAGAGGAUGUAAAGCCAAUUUUUGUUUUCUAACCAGUGAAUCUGUCUUAUUUCUUUCCCCCCUGAAAAUAAAAAUUGAAUUUAAAGUA